UUUGCAUGUUUGCUCUUGACAAUCCUGAUCAUACAAGUGGCAAUUUCAAUCUUCGUAUUCGUCGUAGUGAAAAAUUCCGGCGAGAUUGACUUUAGGAAAAUAUACACGGAAAACGUCUUCAUGAAGUACGGUACAAGUCAGGAGCAAAGGAACUUUGUAAAUACCAUACAGGAAGGGUUGGAGUGCUGUGGUAUUGACAAACCUCAAGAUUUUCCUAAUUUACUUAAUGGAAUUCCUAUACCAGGAAGCUGCUGCGGUAAAAAGGACUCUGACAUAUGUGAUCCAAUAGCUUCUUACGGGAUAGGUUGCGUAGACGCAUUAGAAGAUUUCUUCACAUCUGCUCUUACGGUACUGGGUGGAGUUGCUCUAGGUAUUGCUGCUGCAGAGCUGAUUGGCAUCAUCUUUGCAUUGUGUCUGGCGAAUUCCAUAAAGAACACCGAACGCAGAGGCUACAGUGUGUAAAAGUGCAAUUUUGUGAAGGACGUUUUGGAAGGCUUUCGAUACACAACAAUCUUAUUUUCAUUUUACUACUGUCAACGUAUUCGCCUAAGAUGUGAUAAAUCACUUGCGCUUUACAGCAGGAUAAAAUACAUUUCUUUUU